AUGUCCGACAACGAGUCCCCGGUUGGAUCGCCAGCCAACGAACCCGUCGAUAAUGGCCGAGAACGCGAGUUUGACGAGGACGCCGGGGCGGACUCCGACAAGGAUUCCGAACUGCUGUCUGAAAUCGACGAGGAUCAGUUCGAGGACUACGACCCCGAAACCGCCAACAUUGAAGAUCGGCCCGUCGACAUUGACGAAGAUAUCGCCCGUACCUUGAAGGCGACCAAGCGAAAGCGCGCGGACGGGGAGGUUGCCAAGAAGCCCCGAGAGGGUCGCAGAGAGAAGAAACGCCGCGAUCGAGACGAUGAUGCUCCCAUGGAUGAUGGCGCGGAUGAGGCAGGCAAGACGGCGCGGAGGUCGAGGCGCACCGGAGACAGUGAGCGUCGCCCUCGGGCUAAGCCUGCCACGCCUGAGCCAGAGAAUGAAGACCACCUUAGCCCCGAGGAGAAAAGAAAACGGGCAAUCGAUCGCGCACUGGAUGCCGCCAUCAAGAAGCCCAGCGGCCCCAAGCGCAGAAAGAAGGAUGAGAUUGACCUCGAAGACGAGAUCGAUGAGCAGCUGGCGGACCUCAAGGUCCAGAUGGAGCGCGCGUGUCAGGCUGAUAACCAGGCGCGCGAAGCCGGCCAACCGGCUCUUCACAAGCUCAAGCUGCUGCCCGAAGUCACAGCCAUUCUUAACCGCAACAAUGUGCAACACGCGGUGCUGGACCCCGAUACCAAUUUCCUUCAGCACGUCAAAUUCUUCCUCGAGCCCCUCAACGACGGAUCUCUCCCGGCCUAUAAUAUCCAACGCGACAUCUUUAUGGCGCUCACCAGACUGAACGUUGAGAAGGAGACGCUCCUUAGCAGCGGUAUUGGCAAGGUGGUCUUCUUCUACACUCGAAGCAAGAAGCCUGAGCCGAGCAUCAAGCGAAUGGCGCAGCGAUUGCUGGGAGAGUGGAGCCGGCCCAUCCUGAAGCGGACUGAUGACUACAAGAAGCGACACAUUGAGACUCGCGAGUUUGAUUACCAGGCCGCCAAGUUGGCACAACGCCAGAAGACGAACUCGCAGUUCAGCCUCACCCAGCGCCCAGCAGUUUCGGCACGGGAUGCCGAGCGGGAGCGGUUCCUGGCACCGGCCCGAACCAACAACCAGGCUCGUAUGGCCAACCUGCCAUCGAGUUACACUAUUGCGCCGAAGAGCACCUUCGAUGGACCACAGGGAGGCAUGGGCCAUCGCCCUCUAGGCGCGGGUGGCAUGGAGGCUUUCCGCAAGAUGACCCAAAAGAGCAAGAAGAAGAACUGA